CUAUAAAUAAGUGAAGACACAUCGAGCUUUUCACACUACUUUACUUCAAAGGUCCCAUUAGUUGUUUGUGACGUGUAAGAAAGCAACAAUGAAGAUCCUGAGCAAAGCAUUAGCCAUCUUUCUUCUUUUCUGUUUAGGGUUCUCGUUGAGUUUGGCUGAUGAAUCAUCUUCGAGACUAGGGACGGUCAUUGGUAUUGACUUGGGGACGACGUACUCUUGUGUGGGCGUGCACAGAGAUGGGCACGUGGAUAUUAUAGCCAACGAUCAGGGAAACAGAAUUACUCCAUCAUGGGUUGCGUUUACUGAUACAGAACGUUUGAUUGGAGAAGCCGCUAAAAAUCAAGCGGCUUUUAAUGCGGAACGGACAGUGUUUGAUGUUAAGCGUCUUAUUGGAAGAAGGUUUGAUGACCCUGAGGUGCAAAGAGAUAUAAAGUUCUUGCCUUAUAGGGUUGUGAACAAGAACGGUAAACCUUAUAUUCAAGUCGAGGUUAAAGGUGAGACUAAGGUGUUUAGCCCUGAGGAGAUCAGUGCCAUGACAUUACAGAAGAUGAAAGAAACAGCUGAGGCUUUCUUGGGGAAGAAAAUCAAAGAUGCAGUUGUCACUGUUCCAGCGUAUUUCAAUGAUGCACAAAAGCAGGCAACUAAGGAUGCAGGCACCAUAGCAGGGCUCAAUGUGGCUAGGAUUAUCAAUGAGCCGACAGCGGCGGCUAUAGCUUAUGGUCUAGACAAGAAAGGGGAUGAGAUGAAUAUUCUGGUUUAUGAUCUUGGUGGUGGUACGUUUGAUGUUAGUGUUUUGACUAUUGAUAAUGGCGUGUUUGAGGUUCUUGCUACUAGUGGAGAUACCCACUUGGGAGGAGAGGACUUUGAUCAUAGAGUGAUGGACUAUUUCAUUAAAUUGAUUAAGAAGAAGUACAACAAGGAUAUUAGCAAAGACAACAAGGCUCUUGGAAAGCUUAGAAGGGAAUGUGAGAAAGCUAAGAGAGCACUGAGUAGCCAGCACCAAAUUAGAGUUGAGAUUGAGUCACUCUUUGAUGGGGUCGAUUUCUCUGAGCCAUUGUCAAGAGCAAGAUUUGAAGAGUUGAACUUGGAUUUGUUUAAGAAGACUAUGGGACCAGUGAAGAAGGCUUUGGCAGAUUCAGGAUUGAAGAAAAAAGACAUCAAUGAGAUUGUGCUUGUUGGAGGGAGUACUAGAAUCCCCAAGAUCCAGCAAUUGUUGAAGGAAUUCUUUGAUGGGAAGGAACCCAACAAGGGUGUGAAUCCUGAUGAAGCUGUUGCAUAUGGUGCUGCAGUUCAGGGUGGAAUUCUCAGCGGUGAAGGUGGUGAAGGAACCAAACGUGUUGUUUUGCUUGAUGUGGCUCCUCUGAGUCUUGGUAUUGAAACAGUUGGUGGUGUUAUGACUAAGCUGAUUAACAGGAAUCAUGUCAUCCCUACCAAGAAAUCUCAGACUUUUACCACUUACCAAGAUCAGCAAACCACAGUUUCUAUCAAGGUAUAUGAAGGUGAAAGAAGCUUGACAAAAGAUUGCCGCGAGCUUGGAAGAUUUGAGUUAUCUGGCAUUGCACCUGCUCCAAGGGGAGUGCCACAAAUUCAAGUAACAUUUGAGAUUGAUGUCAAUGGGAUUUUACAAGUGACAGCUGAGGACAAGGCAGCAAAAAAGUCAGAAUCCAUCACCAUUACAAGCGACAAGGGGCGUCUGAGCGAGGAAGAGAUUGAGAGGAUGGUAAAGGAGGCUGAGGAGUUUGCAGAAGAGGAUAAAAUGAUAAGGGAGAGGAUUGAUUCUAGGAACAAAUUGGAGACUUAUAUUUAUAACAUAAAAAGUAGUAUCAAUGACAAGAUUGGUGACAAGAUUGACUCUGAUGAUAAAGAGAAGAUUGAAAACACGUUGAAGGAAGCUCUUGAAUGGUUGGAUGAUAAUCAGAAUGCUGAGAAAGAUGAGUUUGAUGAGAAGUUGAAGGAGGUUGAAUAUGUUUGUAACCCUGUAAUCAAACAGGCUUAUGAGAAGAGUGGUGCAAGCUCAGCUAAAAAUGAAGAAGACGAACCUUACGAUGAGUUGUGAAAAACUUCAAGAGUCUUAUGAUUCAAAAUAUUUCUUGUAAUAUUUUCUUUCUUUUUAAUCUUUAAUUUUUUUUUCUUAGUUGUAAACUAGUUAAUCCUCCGAUGGUAAUAGUAAUGUGUUCAAGUUUGAUGGGUUGAAUUUGAACAUUUUUUAAAAUUUGCGUACA